AUGGGCGAGAGCACCAAGCGAGCUCGGCAGCGAAGCCGUGAGUCCGCGGGUGGCCAUGGCCACAGCAAGUCCAGCCAGACCCUCGAGGUCAAGAGGCCAAAGCUUGCUACCAACGUCCCCGUCGAGGUCAUCCAGCAGCAAAUGACCCCUGAGUCGCCCGUCGGCUGGUCUGGCAUGAAGAGCUUCCUCAUGACUGAGCUCAGGAGGGAGAUGGGUCUGCCGUUCCACCGCCACGACAACUCCAACGUUGACGAGAAGAGCGUCAGCCUGGCUUGCCCUCUUUUCAUCAGGAAUCCGGCUGCUUUUACGCAUGUUCGCAACUCGUGCACCGAUGGAAACAUCAAGGGCGGCAUCGGAAAGCUCAUCGAGCACAUCAAGAGAGUGCAUCUGAGAAGUGACAAGCAGUGCCACAACUGUGGCGCAAGAUAUGGCUCCAAGCCGGCUGAGUCAAAGUCGUCGCAUGCACGCAAUUGCACCAAGAUCUGGUCGCCCUAUGAGCCGCCCCUGCUCACCGAGGACCAACAUCGCGUCCUGGAGAACCUGUCCGUCAGAGCCACCGGCCAAUCACUGGACUACAAGUACCGACACAAGCUCCUUAUGAAGCUGUUCCCCGGCCAGGAAGAGUGGGCCAAGAGAGUUGAGAUUUACCACGACUCUUACAUGCCUUGUCUUCUUCCUGCGCAGCUCAUGUUUGAGGCAAUGGAAAAGGCCGUCGACCGAUGGGAGAGAGGUUACGCUACGUCCACCGUCAUGUAUGACUCGGAUGGAAGCGACGCCGAUUCGGACAGGUCUCGGGAAUACCGCCGAAUUUCGGACUCAAGCGCCGGUGCAUCUCCCGACACAGAUGCAUCAAGCGCAUAUCCCUCAGCCAGCUCGGGCGGCUACAGUCGCACACUAGGCAACGGCGCCGGCUACGGCGCCUCACAGUCAUACCAACUCGCGGACUACCAGGACGCCAGCUGGGAAGGCAUGGACGAGAUGCCCCUGGCAACGCCCUCCGCACACCAAGUACAAACCACGAGCACAUCGCGCAGCUCCAAAUCGCGGCAGAAGACGGCUGAGACGGACUACGUGAUGCAGAUGCAGCAGGACUACCAGACAUAUUCACACUCCGGCACGGUGGAUGACUUUGACGAGCUGGGCAGCGCGUCCUACGUGGACUUUGAGCCCGUCUUCGACGUUGUUUCGACCGUGCCUUCGGAUUACCACUCUUACACGAUGGACGUUGAGCAAGUUUUGCCGAGCGACUAUCUGGGGCAGGGUCACUAUCAGAAGGACACCAUCAACCCCAAGGAUAUGCAUAACACUUUGAUCGGAUUGGGAUCGGCGACUGUGCCGCGGUAUCUCAUUGAGAAUGAGGAGGACUCGGGUAUUGUGCUGCAAGAUACGCAGGAAUAUUUGGGUGGCCGGAUCACACACAGGUGA